AUGGGCAACAGCAAGAGCGGCGCUGUGUCGAAGGAGAUCCUGGAGGAUCUGAAGCUCAACACCAAGUUCUCAGAGACCGAGAUCGCCCAGUGGUACGAGAACUUCAAGAGGCAGUGUCCGACGGGCCGCAUCUCCAAAGAGGAGUUCCAGAACAUCUACAGUAAGUUCUUCCCAGACAGCGACGCCGACACGUACGCCCAACACGUCUUCCGCUCCUUCGACACCAACGAUGACGGCACGCUGGACUUCAAGGAGUACAUCAUCGCCCUCCACAUGACGUCCACAGGGAAGACCACGAGGAAGCUGGAGUGGGCCUUCUCGCUGUUCGACGUGGACAAGAACGGGUACAUCACCAAGGCAGAGGUCAAGGAGAUCUGCACGGCCAUUUUCAAGCUGAUUCCUAAAGACGAGCUGUCUGCUCUGCCCAGCGAUGAGAACUCCGCUGAGAAGAGGGCCGACAAACUCUGGAAGUUCUUUGAAAAGGGCGACAAUGACCGAGUUGCAGAGGGAGAGUUCAUCAAGGGAGUUAUGGAAAAUGAAGUCGCUCUCCGCUUGAUUCAGUAUCAGCCUCUAAAGUAA